CACGCAGUUCCCAUAAGCAUCAACUUCAAAGAGCUCUGGCUUUCUGUCUCAUCACAGCUCGGUUUAGGGGAGCAGAGGCAAAGAGCUACUACUGAGAGUUCUGCAGCCACUCUACAAGGCUCUGAAGUGCCAAGAUGCUUCUGCUUCUUUCUCUGGUCACUGGGCUUGCCCUAUCUGCCUCUGGUGUCACGACAGACAAAGAAACCGACCAGAGCCAAGAGUUGUUUCAUGACAUGCAGAAGAAAGUGAAUGACCUCUGGCAGCAUUUGCUCUAUCCCCUAAUGCCUGGUAAUGAAGCUGACGGGGUGAUUUACGCCACUUGUGAAAUGAAGCCCAGCUCCAAAAUAGAUGCUGACAAGCCCCAACUGAGUGGACAAGUCUUAUUCAGACAGCAUUACCCAUAUGGAAGAUUAGAAGCCAUUUUUCACUUGGAUGGGUUUCCAUUGGAUAGCACUCAGUCCGGUAGAGCCAUCCACAUCCACGAGCUCGGGGAUCUCAGCAAUGGCUGCGAUUCCACAGCAGGACACUAUAACCCCUUCCGUGUGAAUCACCCCCGUCACCCAGGGGAUUUCGGCAACUUUCUUCCCAAAGAAGGCAAAAUCAGAAAAUACAAAACAAAUCUCUUUGCCACUAUGUUUGGUCCAUAUUCCAUUAUGGGCAGAUCUGUUGUGAUCCAUGAGCAGGAGGAUGACAUGGGCAAGGGCAACAACAAGGCCAGUUUGGAAAAUGGCAACGCUGGGAAACGUCUGGCAUGCUGCGUGAUUGGGACGUGCAACAAGAACUUGUGGGAAGAGAAACUCUCUGAGGUUACUGAAAAGAAGAAGAGAGGGCUCAACAAGCGAACAUAGAACCAGGCUCGAAGGAAGACCAAGCAGGCGGCUGCAGCCUGGGCUGCACAAAGUAACUUGGGCUGUGCCAGCAGCCACCAAGACAGAUGGCCAAAGGGUUGCUAUUUCCAUUUGCUUGCUCCUCUAAGAAAUACGUUAUCACUUUGUAGAGCUUCCUUUCUGUAAGCCCAGCAAUAAAAACAGCAUCGACUCAA